UGUCUAGUUGAAGCUCCUCUAUUGUGGGGGUUUAAUCUUUUUCUAUGGUAUAUGAUCAUAAACUGAUGCAUUUGGUUUUUUACACAACACAACAUUUGAAAAUGUGCUGUGGGCAGUGAAAUGCGUAGGCACAAGAGCAGAUAUGAUGAAAGCUGCAGAACAAUGACUCCCGCACUGUCAGUCAUGAAGUGGGCAGGGCUACAGGGGAGAAUGUGAGAAGAGAAACGUGUGAAUGAGGAAGCAAGAGAGAGUUUUAUUUUAGCCUUGGCAAGAUGCUUAAAAAGGUAUCACUCUGCCAGAGGUGAAAAACCAGCGAGAGCUCAGACAGCAAACACAGAGGAUAGUGAUAUGGCCUGGGUUGUUCUUGUAAUCUACUUUCAUAUCACAGUUUUCCUUAUUAUUAUGGAUACAGGACAUGCCACUGAAAAUUAUACCAGGAUGAUGGAAGCUACAGCUGCAGGAGAUAUCGUCAUCGCAGGAAUCUUUCCCAUUCAUGAGGAUGUACACAAAAAAAACAACUCUUUCAUACCACAACCACAGCCAUGUAUCAGGUUUAAUGAAAGAAGCCUGAUUUUGGCUCUGGCUAUGAUCAAUGCUAUCGAGGUCAUGAAUAAGUCCCCUCUGCUCAAGGCUGUGAACGUCACUCUGGGUUACCUAAUCGUGGACUCUUGCAGUGAUCCCAGCACAGCUCUGAGAGUCACAGGAGACUUCAUGCAGCGGGACAACUGCUACACAGAGAGCAACACCUCUGCCUGUGGACAGCCAGUCAUGGCUGUUAUAGGUGGCUCUAACUCUGAAGUGUCCAUUGCCAUCGCCAGGCAACUGACACUCCAGAUGAUUCCUCAAAUCAGCUAUUCAUCAACUGCUGUCAUUCUGAGUGAUAAGAGCCGCUUCCCUUCGUUUUUGAGGACUGUUCCUAAUGAUAAACAUCAGACAGCUGCCAUGGUCAGUCUGCUCCACACCUACGGCUGGAACUGGGUGGGAAUAGUUAUCACAGAUGGAGAUUAUGGCCGAUCAGCUCUGGAACACUUUGUGUCCCAGGCCUCUGAAAAGGGGAUCUGUGUGGCUUUCAAAUCGAUUCUACCUCAGUCUGUGACCAGUCAUGAUGUCGACUCUGAUAUCGGGGACGCUGCCACAACCAUCCUCAACAAUCCCAAGGUGCAGGUCAUUGUAUCAUUUGCCAGGUCAACUCAGAUGAGGUAUCUUUUCCAGCAGCUGAAGCAUAAGACACUGAGAGCAGGACAGAACAUGGAGUCAAUGAGAAGAGUUUGGGUGGCCAGUGACAGCUGGUCCUCUAGCAACUCUGUGAAAGUAAACGCGACUCUGAGGGACAUAGGAUACGUUGUGGGCUUCACCUUCAAGAGUGGAGACCCAUCAUCAAUUGAGGACUACCUGAGCAGGCUGGAGGCAGCUGGACAUGAAUUUACAAGGAAUAACCCCUUCAUGAAGGAGUUCUAUUUGCAGCUAAAUGCCAGUAAAGAUUUUGAAGACACUAAGCUUAUUUCAGAAGCUGUGAAAAAUCUCAGGAAACACACUCAUGCCUCCACUAUCCUUAGUGUUGAGAUGGCUGUCAGCGCCAUUACUCAGACUGUGGCUUCUGUCUGCAGGAGCAGAGACUGCAAAACACCAGGCACAAUGCAACCCUGGGAGCUGCUGAAACCUCUGUUUUUGCAAGAGUUUGAACUUAGAGGAAAAACCUAUAAGUUUGACGGCAGUGGUGACAUUAACCUGGGCUACGAACUGAAAAUGUGGUGCUCAGAUGAAGGAAAUAAUCAUAUCACUGAGGUUGUGGCUGAAUACAACCUAAACACCAACAACUUCACUUACACCAAUGUGAGCACCCAUCACCUCCAGGACCUGAAGGAGAUCAUCUCCAAGUGCUCCAAUAGCUGCGUCCCUGGAGAGUUCAAAAAAACAGCCGAAGGUCUACACACCUGUUGUUAUGAGUGCAUCAACUGUACUGCGAACUACUACUCGAAUAAAACAGAUAUGGAUCAGUGUCUGAGCUGUAACAUAAGCAGAGAGUGGUCCGCAGAGGGCAGCUCCAGCUGCACCCCCAAAGUCGUGCUCUUCUUCUCCUGGCAGGACAGAUUUGCUGUGGCGCUCCUGACCUUUUCUGCCCUGGGUAUCCUCCUGGCUGUGAUGGUGUCAGCUCUGUUUUUACAUCAGCGCGACACUCCUGUAGUGAAGGCUGCCGGAGGGCCACUGAGCCAGGUCAUCCUAUACUCACUGGUCAUCAGUUACAUCAGCGCCGUGCUGUUUGUCGGUCGGCCCAACAGUUUCCAGUGUAAGGCUCGACAGGUGCUCUUCGGUAUCAGCUUCACUCUGUGCGUCUCCUGCAUCCUGGUCAAGACCCUGCAGAUCCUGCUGGCCUUCCAGUUCAACCCUGCACUGCAGGAGGUUCUGCGGAGGCUCUUCAAGCCUUACGUCAUGGCCAGCCUCUGUGUGGCCUUGCAGGUGAUUAUUUGUAUCUGCUGGCUAGUCAUCAAGAGCCCAUUUCAUCAAAUCCUCAUGGAACCAACCACUUUGCUGGAGCAGUGUCACGAGGGCUCAUAUUUGGCCUUCGGGGUGAUGUUGGGCUACAUAGCUUUCCUAGCGUUUGUGUGUUUGAUCUGUGCCUUCAAAGGCCGCAAACUUCCACAGUUCUACAAUGAGGCAAAGUUCAUCACCUUCAGUAUGCUGCUCUACCUUAUCUCCUGGAUGCUCUUUGUUCCUGUCUACGUUACCACCUCAGGAGUUUACCUUUCGGCUGUGGAGAUGGUGGUCAUUCUCAUGUCCAACUACGGCAUCCUCAGCUGCCAUUUCUUACCAAAGUGCUACGUUAUCAUUUUCAAGAAGGAACAAAACACCACGAGUGCUUUCAGAAACAAUGUGUAUCAAUAUUCCAGCAAAACCUCUGAAUCUAUCUCCGUAUCUGGGAGUUCAGUGUCAGAGAAACAGUCUAUCGGUCGGGACAUCAUCUGUGCUCUGCCACCCUCUCUACCUGCAGCUGGUUACCUCGAAUAUGAAGUAGUGACGAAUGGAAUAAGCUGCACAAAUUUACACAGAGGUCCAGCAACACAACACUUCCUCAGAAGAAGCAGCAUAUAACUGUCAUUAUUUAAAAUGGGUUGUGAGGAGGGACGCAGCUAUUUGACUUUUAAAUUUUUCUGUCCCGAUAGUGAAACUGAUACCUGGGCUUUGGGUAUGGGCCAAUAUACAAUAAUGAUGUUUAAUUAAUCCCCUGUAUACAUAGUUGUGUGAAAGACACUGGAGCAUUCUUCAUGUGUAAUGCAACAUCAGGCGAUAGGGUGAAAUCGAGUAAAUAUUGCAAUAUCUGUUUUUCACAUCAGACCAACAAAUUAUACCUUUCUGUAAUGCUUAAGAUGUUUUCUAACCACAUCAGAAGAAAUAAUGGAGAUAUCAUACUCAGAGGAAGACAUGGGACACAUGGUGUUGAAAAAGAAAAUUCUGCCGGAAUUUGAUCAUCUGGGAGGGGUCACUUUGUAAUGGGACACUUGUAAUAGGCUUUUAUCACCUUGCUUUAUGCUUGUCAAGCUCAAUAUUACCUAUUUUUAAAAAGCAUUAUAAAAAAAAGGAAAAGAAAAUAAAUAAGAAAAUGUGUAUUAUUAUAACAUGUAAACAUAAUUUUCAUAAAGAACCCUAGCCUAAAUAAAGAAAUUAUAAUAUGUAUUUAAAACAUUCUAUUAAAGGUGUAUCACAUUUUUAUAAAAUAAAAUAAAAUUCAAUCAACAGCAAGUAACAAUAACAGAUUAUUCUUCAGUAAUUUGUCAUUCCAUUUGGGCGACUCAGGGAACAGACAGUCCUUGCAGGUGAGAGACUCAUCAUCAUCGAUCACCCCAUUGUCUUCUCCACAUGUUUGGUGAAACCAGUGGCUGCAAAACACAGGACAGACUCUUUUUGGAUCAUCUCUGUUUUAGAGAGCUGACUGAUUAUGUGCUAGUUUGCUAACCAGACGAUCAGUUUAAACAGACAGGGACAAACUGUAUUUACCCUUAACUCCAGUCUGACAACUGCAGAAGUUACGUAGCGUAGCUUCUGUAGUUUAUCUUUUUUUUUACUCCAGGAAGACCCUAAAUGCACAUUACACCUUUUAAAAAAUUAAGUGACUGUCCCAGAUUACCCAAAGCAUGCUGUCCCACAUUAUCAAUCAUGUUUGAUAAAGUGGGACAACUACAAAAUGUUUGAAAAAAACAAUCAAACAAUAUUUCAUAACAAUCAGGAACAUUGUCUUAUUUAUGACUGAUUUAUAUCCUUAACAUUAACCAUGGUCUGAAGUUUUAUUCAGUACGAAUUAAGUAAAUUAAGUAAAUAAAUAGAGUUCGUACAUAAUUCGUUAAGUGUCAAUAUUUGUUUCCAGUUGAAGGCUCAUCAUGUUAAUUUGGGGCUCUAAACAGAUCAUUUGUAAAUCACCAUCUCUGUAUCUAAUUUAUGACUGCUUCUGCUACAAGGUAAUGCUAAACUGGUGACUUGGUCAAUGCAGUGGUGGAAUAAAAUAGACUGUUUAACAACGAA